AUGCCUCCUCAGAAUUAUUACAAGCUCAAUAUUGAUGGGACUAGAAUUUCUAGCAGCAGUAUGAUUGGUGCUGGUGGUGUUAUCAGAAACCAUGCUGGCGCUUGGAUUGCAGGUUUUCAAAUUAACCUUGGUGUUUGUGCUAUCCUUGAUGCUGAAGCUUGGGCGCUUUUUCAUGGUUUGAAGUUGGCUUCCAAGCUUCAUAUCUCUUGCUUGGAAAUUGAGUCUGACUCUGCAAUUCUUGUUCAGCUUAUGAACUGCUCCAAUCUUUCCUCCCAUCCCCUUGGUUCUUUACUUGGUGGCUGUAGCAGUAUGAUGACUGAAAUGGAUGAUGUGAAGCUGUUUCACAUCUUCAGGGAGGCCAACAUGACUGCAGAUUCUUUGGCAAAAUGCAGCAUCUCUAAUGAGCUUGGUCUUAUUAUUUUUGAGGAUCCUCCUGUGCAUGCCAUCCCUGCCUACCUUGAUGAUCUAGCUGCUCUUGAGCAACUACUGCAACCAAGACAAAAAGUUCAGUCAUGCAAUGGUGUCUCAAAAUCUUUCCCAGUCAAUAUGGUUUGGCACUGCUAG